UCCGAACCAAAAUCCUUCUUGCACCCAUCAUCCUCUGUUUUGCGCGCCGCCACAAUCAUCCCAACAACAACGUUACCUUAUCGCAUCGAACAAACGGCACCAGCAACAUCGCGACCUUUAUCAUAUUUUCUUCAAUCUAAAUAACCGACAAAGACCGGUACUGCUUGAUCGUGGAACGUGACCGCAAUAUACCGAUACGCUUUUAAUAUUGAAAUUGCAGCAACAGCUACUUGUAUUGGCUCUUGGAUUCGAACAAAAAGAUAACAAGAUGACAAUGUCUGCCGAGGAACACGAGCUGAUGGAGAGGAUUGCCCGUGUGGCCGGUCAGAUCAACCAGCACAAAAAUCAACAAGCAGGCCUUGUUCCGCCGCAGAGCAGCCACGCACCACCGCAUCACCGUACGUCCGUGGAGUAUCAUAACAGCAACCGUGCUGGUAUUGACGGUCUUGAAGACUCAGGUUAUUCUGGAAGCUGGCGUCAUCAAAGAGGAGGCUACCCAUACCCGACCCGCGCCCAUUACACCAAGCCUGCCCACCGUCACAGGACCUUGGUGCUGAACGGCGCGUCUCAACAAGGUAAAGCAGGUCCGCCCAGUUCAGGCGCCGCGCUCGACUCGUCCCCGUCGUCCUGGGUAGCAAAGAACGACCGUCACCUUCAAAUCAUCAAUUCGUCCAUCUAUCAUAAGGAAGCGCAGGCUCGCACUCGGGCCAUUGAGCAAACUCUGCGCCAGAAGCAACAGCAGAGAGAUGAUCUGGAACGAACCAAGUUGAUCAACCAUCUACACCGUGCUGGCGAUCGGUCGGCAGCGGCACCAAACCAAUAUGAACUAACCGUGCAGGGUAUACGUUUUGCCGUUACGAAGAACGGAAGCAAACUUGUCAAGAUUCCCGGCGAUCUCAACUCAGGGCCGACCCCGAAAAUGGCUAUCGUAGGCGGUGUCAAGUUCUACCGCAGCAAGAACGGGAAUUUGUACCGCCAUGGUAUUGUUAAAGCGCAGCGGCAAUCCGGCGCUUUCAAGAAGGUCAACGUGCCUUGUCGCAAUUUCUCCAUGACCGGUUCAUGCACCAAAGGCCCUCGGUGCCGAUAUAUCCACGACCCAGCCAAGGUUGCCAUUUGCAAGGACUUUCUCCAACAAGAAGAAUGCAUCAACGGUGACUCUUGCGAUCUUUCGCACGAACUCUCCGCGGAACGCACCCCCACGUGCUUGCACUUCAUUAAGGACAGUUGCACCAAACCUGACUGCAAAUUCACUCACGCAAAGGUGUCUCCAGCUGCCUCGGUCUGCCGAGAAUUUGGCCUCUACGGCUACUGCGAGAAGGGUGCAAGCUGCAUCAACCGCCAUGUUUUCGAAUGUCCCGACUUCAGCAACACUGGCGUGUGUAAUACCAAGGGCUGUAAACUGCCGCACCGGGAGAGGGCAAGCGUCUUGCGCAGGGUCAAUGCCCGCGACGACGCGGAGAUGGAGGAUCUAUCCAGCGACGACGAUUCAGUCGAUAGCGACGAUAUCGACUCGGACGACGUUGACGAGUUUGUUGGCCAGGACGACGAUCCUGACUUGGAUUUCGCCGAGCAAAAGGACUUCAUCAAGUUUUGAUUAGUGCAGUCCUGGCUCGUUUGUUUUGGUCCUUGGUUUUUCCUAAGCCUUGCUGGCUUAUUGAUACCCUUUGAUGUUUCUGUUUUCUGUAGCGCAACCCGUUACACUUUCCGGGUUGGCAGUGGGUAUAGGAGGAUAAUAAAAGUAAAAAAAGGAGGAAGAGAAAAGCAAAAGGAAAAAAAAGAGAGAAAAGAAGAUGUCACUCUGAAGAACAGCCAAGACUAGGCAAUUUAUUAUAGAUAUAGGAGUGCAUGACCGCACUUGGUGCAUGAUUACAA